UUUAAAAGCGUUAGUCCAGAGAACACAUCACUUAAUCCCAGGAAUUCCGGAGGCAUCUCUCUGAACUGGCCAGAGCCGUUCUAGAAAGAGGGCACGCGGCCCUAGGGUUUUUCUCAUUGUGCUGCGCUCAGUCUCCACACGCCUUUCUCUUUCUCAAGACAAACAUAAAAAAAAUAAUAAUAACAAUAAAAGCCAGAAACUGCCAUGAAUUUCUGUUAGGUUCUUCUCUUCAUUAAUAUUUCCCCCUUAAUCUUGUGCUUUCUGCUCACUGCCAUUUUUAUGUGAAUGCGUGUUUGUUAAAUCGUGUGAUCUUGAUCGUCUGACGUCAUGUAUAUAACGACCUCAUCUUCGGCUUCUUCCUCUCUCUUAAGAGCAGCUGCCUCCUAUUCUCGUGCUCGCUUUUUUCCUUCUUCGUUUCGGAAUCUCAAUUCGACUCAGGCCUCUCCCUCUCUUAUCAAUCAUCACCGAUCUCUUACCUCCGCCGCCUUUCGUUCCUUCCACUGCUCUGUUCCACGGUGGAGCCAACGUCUCGAUUGGCGAUCUCCUCUUAGCCUCCGUGCUCAGAUCAGAGCUGUUAAUCCAGUCAUCGAACAGUUAGAGAGGAAGUUUACUACUAUGGCUGCUGAACAUCCUUUUAAGACGGUGUUGACAAGUCUUCCCAAGCCAGGUGGCGGCGAGUUUGGAAAGUUCUAUAGCUUGCCUGCCCUCAAUGAUCCAAGGAUUGAUAAGCUGCCGUACUCUAUCAGAAUCUUGCUUGAAUCUGCAAUUCGUAAUUGUGACAACUUCCAAGUGAAGAAGGAAGAUGUUGAGAAAAUUAUUGAUUGGCAAAAUACAUCACCAAAACAAGUUGAAAUCCCCUUCAAGCCUGCUCGUGUUCUUUUGCAGGAUUUUACUGGAGUGCCAGCAGUGGUUGACCUUGCUUGUAUGCGUGAUGCUAUGAACAAGCUUGGCAGUGACACAAGCAAGAUUAAUCCUUUGGUUCCAGUAGAUCUUGUCAUUGAUCAUUCAGUUCAAGUUGAUGUAACAAGAUCAGAAAAUGCAGUGCAAGCAAAUAUGGAGCUUGAGUUUCAAAGGAACAAGGAAAGAUUUUCUUUCCUUAAAUGGGGAUCUUCUGCCUUCCGUAAUAUGCUUGUUGUUCCUCCAGGUUCUGGUAUUGUGCAUCAGGUUAAUCUUGAAUAUCUUGGACGGGUUGUGUUCAACACCGAUGGCAUGCUCUACCCUGAUAGUGUGGUUGGAACUGAUUCUCAUACAACUAUGAUAGAUGGGCUAGGAGUAGCUGGCUGGGGAGUUGGAGGUAUUGAAGCUGAGGCAGCCAUGCUUGGUCAGCCUAUGAGCAUGGUUUUGCCUGGUGUUGUUGGAUUCAAGUUAUCUGGAAAAUUAAGAAAUGGUGUGACAGCUACGGACUUGGUUCUAACUGUGACACAAAUGUUGAGGAAGCAUGGUGUUGUUGGCAAAUUUGUUGAGUUUUAUGGGGACGGAAUGGGUGAACUAUCAUUGGCUGAUAGGGCUACUAUUGCUAAUAUGUCUCCUGAGUAUGGUGCAACCAUGGGAUUUUUCCCUGUAGAUCAUGUUACUUUGCAGUAUCUCAAAUUAACUGGAAGAAGUGAUGAAACUGUGGCAACGAUAGAAUCAUAUCUCCGUGCAAAUAAAAUGUUUGUUGACUAUAAUGAGCCCCAACAAGAAAGAGUGUACUCAUCAUAUCUGGAAUUAAACCUUGCUGAAGUUGAAUCCUGUAUUUCAGGACCGAAGAGACCUCAUGAUCGGGUUCCUUUGAAAGAAAUGAAGGCUGAUUGGAAUUCUUGUCUUAAUAAUAAAGUUGGCUUCAAGGGCUUUGCUGUGCCAAAAGAGAAACAGGACAAAGUGGCAAAAUUUUCAUUCCACGGGCAGCCAGCAGAGCUUAAGCAUGGCAGUGUGGUGAUUGCUGCAAUUACGAGCUGCACCAAUACAUCAAACCCCAGUGUCAUGCUUGGGGCAGGUCUUGUUGCCAAGAAGGCUUGUGAACUUGGUUUACAGGUCAAGCCUUGGAUAAAGACAAGUCUUGCACCAGGUUCAGGAGUUGUUACAAAAUAUUUACAGCAGAGUGGGCUGCAAGAAUAUUUGAAUAAGCAGGGUUUCCAUAUUGUUGGAUAUGGCUGUACAACAUGUAUUGGAAAUUCAGGGGAAUUGGAUGAAUCAGUUGCCUCUGCUAUUUCAGAAAAUGGUACCAUUGAAAUUUUUAACUGUAAAACUUUUGUUGGAUCCAUAGUUCGCAUGAUUCUAAUAUGCUACACAGACAUUAUAGCAGCAGCUGUGCUUUCUGGGAACCGGAAUUUUGAGGGUCGUGUUCACGCCUUAACAAGAGCCAACUACCUUGCUUCACCACCUUUAGUGGUUGCAUAUGCCCUUGCUGGCACGGUUGAUAUUGACUUUGAUAAGGAGCCAAUUGGAACUGGUAAGGAUGGUAAGAGUGUGUAUUUCAAGGAUAUCUGGCCAUCUACUGAAGAAAUUGCAGAGGCUGUUCAAUCCAGUGUCCUGCCCGAUAUGUUCAAAAGUACUUACGAGGCUAUUACAAAGGGCAAUCCCAUGUGGAAUCAGCUAUUAGUGCCUUCUUCCACCAUGUACUCAUGGGACCCCACCUCAACCUACAUUCAUGAGCCUCCAUACUUCAUGAACAUGACCAUGGAGCCUCCGGGAGCCCAUGGCGUGAAGGAUGCAUACUGCUUACUGAACUUUGGUGACAGUAUAACAACAGAUCACAUUUCUCCGGCAGGAAGCAUCCAUAAGGACAGUCCUGCUGCAAAAUAUCUACUUGACCGUGGGGUGGAGCUCAAGGACUUCAAUUCUUAUGGAAGUCGCCGUGGUAAUGAUGAAGUGAUGGCUCGGGGAACUUUUGCUAACAUUCGCCUUGUGAACAAGUUGUUGAAUUGGGAGGUCGGCCCGAAGACAAUACACGUCCCCACAGGAGAGAAACUCUAUGUAUUUGAUGCAGCUAUGAGGUAUAAGGAUGCAGGACAUGACACCAUUGUUUUGGCUGGAGCUGAGUAUGGGAGUGGUAGCUCCCGAGAUUGGGCUGCGAAAGGUCCAAUGCUAUUGGGAGUAAAAGCAGUAAUUGCCAAAAGUUUUGAGAGAAUCCAUCGCAGUAAUUUGGUAGGAAUGGGCAUCAUUCCACUUUGCUUCAACUCUGGUGAGGACGCAGACACACUAGGUUUAACCGGUCAUGAGCGUUAUACCAUAGAUCUCCCAAGCAAAAUAACUAAUAUAAGACCUGGUCAAGAUGUGACUGUCACGACCGACAAUGGGAAGUCUUUCACCUGCACUGUCCGCUUUGACACUGAGGUUGAAUUAGCCUACUUCAAUAAUGGCGGUAUACUUCCGUACGUCAUAAGAAACUUGAUUAAGCAGUAAAUGCAUUGGAUGGGAGCCUCAUGCCAGUCCAAGAUUUCUGUCUAUUGUAAAAUGUCAGAUGCAAAUAAAGCUAUCAAUAACUGAAAUUUUCCCAUUAAUGGGACUUGUAGUUUUUCCUGCAAUUUACUUUUGCCGACAGGCCUUGUCUGUUGGUGAACCAAAAUUAUUUCGAGAAAUGAAGUAAUUUUUUCAUCGGCC